GGCGACCACCAGCUCGCUCUCCUCUCCUCUCCUCUCCCUUCCCCCUCGCGCCGCCACGCGCACCAGCGCAAAAACCCUACCGCUCGCAAACCCUAGCCGCCGCGGGUGAAUGGCCGGCCUCAUGCGGCUCGCCGGCGGCGCCGCGCGGCGCCCCCUCUCCCGCGCGCUCGCCCCCGCCUCCUCCGCGGGGGGAGGAGUGGCACGGCGGAGGAUGGCGGCGGCGGCGGCCGUGGUGGAGGACGAGGCGUACUGGAGCGACUGGGAGGAGGAGGAGCAGGAGAGGGCGCGCGCGCGGGAGUCGGCGCCCGUGGCGGAGAUGUGCCCCACCGGCGGCGGCGGCGGCGGCGGCCCGCAGUGGGUGGUGAUGGGGAGGCCCGGUCCGCAGAAGCACGCGCACGCCGCGCGCCUCGCCGAGGUGCUCGCCGUGCCGUACAUCUCCAUGGGGACGCUCGUCAGGCAGGAGCUCAGCCCGGCGUCCUCGCUCUACAAGAAGAUUGCUAAUUCGGUGAAUGAAGGGAAGCUUGUGCCUGAGGACAUUAUAUUUGGAUUGCUGACGAAGCGUCUCGAGGAAGGAUACAACAAGGGUGAAACUGGAUUCAUCCUCGAUGGGAUCCCACGCACUCACAUGCAGGCUGAGAUUCUUGAUGAGAUUGUGGAUAUUGACUUGGUUCUGAACUUCAAAUGUGCUGAUAACUGUCUUAUGAAGAGGCGGUUCGGUGGUGACAUCUGCCCCCACUGUGGACAACUUUUUGACGUUAGCAGAACUGCGUCUACAGACUGUAAUCCGAGCCUAGGAAGCUGUACAUGGCCUUCUCAGGUGCAACAUGCUGCUGUUUUAGGUCUGGAGGACUCAAGAAUGGAGAGGAUGCGUGCUUAUGCUGAACAGACCAAGUUACUGGAAGAAUACUACAGGAAACAGCACAAACUUAUGGAAUUGAAGACGUCGGCUCGCCCUGGAGAAACAUGGCAGGGGCUUGUUGCCGCCCUACACCUCCAGCAUCUGGAUGCAUCCCCGACACCGCACAAACUCACUGUGUAAAUAUCGUUUGUGUGUUGUCUGAGAAAGAACUUUGAAAUGAGUCUAAGGAUCUAGAUUGUGAUCCUAGCCUGCAGCAUAUGUAGUAUUCCUAUGUUUGUGGGUUCUGACUUCUGAGGAGUCAGCCGGCUAUGUCGUUUUGAUCUUUCUGUUUCCAUAGAUAUAUAAAUGUAAGCGAUUUUGCGGACGCACUUAUAUGUUUGUAAUGCAGAAUACUGGACUUGCGAGUGCAAGUAUACCAGCUUGUUUGCCUCCAUUUGGGCUGCUGUUUUGUGCCUCAUUUAUCCUGUUUUCUAAGAAGAUAGUACAUCAAUUUUAAAAUAUAAGCUCGAGAACCGAUC